AUGGCUGGUACGCGCGGGGCGAGCGCGGCGGGGGAGGCAGCGAUGAGGGCGGUGCAGGCGGUGAGGGGCGAGGUGGCAGCGCUGCAGCGGGAAGUGGCGUCCGUGCGGGAGAGGGGCGAGGCGGCAGCGCGGAAGCACAGCCUGGCGGACGAGGUGACCGCACUGCGGGGGGAGGUAGCAGCGGCGUGGGAGCUGGCAGCAGUGGGGAGGAGCGACGUGCAGCGGCUGACGGGCGAGGUGGCGGACUUGAAGAGAGACCUGGCGGCCGUGAAGGCGGUGCUUUGCAGCAAGGAGGAGGAGAAAAGGGACAUGUGGCACGUGAGUGCAUGCUUACCCGUCACGUCCUCCUCUUUGACCUCUUACCCUGCGUUCCCUCUUACCCUGCGUUCCCUCCUACCCUGCGUUCCCUCUUACCCUGCGUUCCCUCUUACCCCUGCGUUCCCUCUUACCCUGCGUUCCCUCUUACCCUGCGUUCCCUCCUACCCUGCGUUCCCUCUUACCCUGCGUUCCCUCUCACCCUGCGUUCCCUCUUACCCUGCGUUCCCUCUUACCCUGCGUUCCCUCUUACCCUGCGUUCCCUCUUACCCUGCGUUCCCUCUCACCCUGCGUUCCCUCUCACCCCACAUUUCCUCUCCGCAGAAAAUCCUGGCAGCAUCGGAGGAGGCGAAGCUAGUGCUACGCAACGAGCCAUACCUAACAGACGUAGUGCUGGCACACGUGGCCGCCAUGACUCAGCUCUCCACCGUCAACCUUGCCGACUCCUACCCCAUCACCACCCACGGCCUUCAGCAGCUCUACGCCCUGCCAAGCCUCACCUGCCUCGACCUCACCGGCUCAAGAUUGGGGGAGGAGAACGACAGGGCAAUCUCCCUGGAGGGCAUUGGCGCAGCGAGCUGUCUCCAGGCGCUCGUAUUGGAUGAGACCAUGGUGGGGGACUCUGAUCUGCUGCACAUCACUGCGCUCACAUCGCUCAGAACCCUCUCCCUUAAUAACGGUGACUGCCUGACCCAGGCUUCCAUGCUGCAUGUGGGCCGGUUGACGGGGCUACAGAAUCUUACCCUGGGCGGGUGUAGCGAGAUGGGAGACAAUGUGCUGCCGCUGCUGGCCGGCCUGCGCCACCUCACCUCAAUCUCCAUGCCUCGUGGGGUCACUGAUGCCGGCCUGAUCAACUUGCCCACGCAUCCGUUGCUGCAGAAACUGUCGCUGUUUGCCUGCCCGGGCGUCACCUCUGCCGGCAUGCUGCAUGUGGGGCGCCUCACCAGCCUCCAGGAGCUUGUUCUCCUCUGCACGCACGUCGCAGACCAAGGGCUGCACCACCUCACAUCGCUCACCAACCUGCGCUCGCUCGUACUGCCGCUCCUUGUUACAGACGCCGGCAUGGUGCAUCUGGGGCGUCUCACGGGACUGCAGAAGCUGAGUCUGGCGCAUACUAUGGUGGGGGACCAUGGGCUGCGGCAGCUCACGGCGCGUGUUUUUUGA